AUGGAUCGGCGGAAGUCAUCGACGCCCCACUACCAUACUUUCCCCACGAAGCCACCAACAUCUCGUGGGAGGCCGCCCUCUUCCUCACAUAAUACAUCAGCAUAUACGCAUGCUGGUGACAAUUCGCACGCAGCGGGCGAUUCUCAUUCAUCGGGAGACCACCAUGAGUCGCCUCUACCCAAGAAACAGCUUAUCAUGCUUGCCAUUAUUGCGCUUGCGGAGCAGACGGCCUUGAACUCCAUAAGCCCCUAUCUUCCUCACAUGGCCUCCAGCUUUCCCGAAGUUGGCCAAGGUGAGGUCGGCCUCUAUGUCGGCCUGAUCGCUUCGGCUUUUGCCUUGGCUCAGUUUGGCACCAAUUUCUUUUGGGGUUGGCUCUCUGAUCGUAUCGGGCGGAAGCCUGUCAUCUUGACUGGGACAAUAUUGACUGCUGCAUGCUUUGUCGCCUUUGGGUUUUGCAGGACAUUAGGACAAGCCGUUGCCGUGCAAGCACUGAUGGGUAUCGUUAACGGCAACCAGGGUGUCGUUUCGACCUGCCUUGGGGAGAUUACUGACCGCAGUAACCAGUCAAGGGCUUUUACCUAUCUGCCAGUAGUAUAUGGAAUGGGCGGAAUUACUGGGCCUAUUGUUGGUGGCUUGCUGGUCUACCAGCGGAACCCGUUCAAUAAAAGCAAGCCCAAUCCCUACCCAUAUUUGCUACCCAACCUUCUCUCUGCUGGAGUUUUGGUAGUGGAUUUUAUCCUGACUUUGAUUUUCCUGGAGGAAAGUCUGGAGGAAGCCAGGAAGCUCCCACCUCUCCGUAAGAGAAUGGGGAGCUUGUUCGCUCGACUCUGGGAGUUCACUGCAUCAAGUCGUCCCUCCUACCUCCGAUUUGGAUCCUCAAAAAGGCAUCAAAAGUAUCGCGCAAGUGACGACUCGGAGGCUGUGGAAGAUGAAAGUGAGGAUACUUCCGCUUCUGAUUCGGCAUCGGAGACUGAGAGUAGCGCCCUCCUGCCCAUCCCUGCUGCGAGGCUUAGCAAAAAAGAAGUACUUAAUAGGAACACUAUGCUACUGCUUGGCACUUAUCUCAUAUUUCAACUGUCGAACAUCUCCUAUAAUUCGCUUUAUCCAAUCUUCGCACAAGGUGCGCCACCUACUGGACGCAACUUGAAUCCUGAGGAGAUUGGUGUCUCAUUGGCAUUUGCUGGCAUCGUCACUAUUGUCUUCCAAGUCGGCAUCUUUGGGAAGUUGAGAGAGAAGAUGGGAAACAAAACAACUUAUCGCGUCGGACUGGGCGGCUUCGUUGUCGCAUUCGUGCUUAUGCCCUGGGUGGGUUAUAAGGACAACGCUGGUCCAGGGUUUGGCAAGGGUAAAGUGUGGAUAUGGGUUGAGAUUGGUUUCGUGCUGCUCAUAAAGACUGUUGCGGCGGUCGGAGGACUGACGUCCGCACUGCUUCUGAUCACGAAUUCAGCACCCAACCAUUCCGUCCUUGGUACACUGAACGGGCUCGCCCAGACUUUGUCAGCUGCUGGACGUGCCGUUGGGCCGUUUCUAUCUGGGGGCCUCUUCUCCCUAGCCACGCAUGUUAAACCCAAAGGCGAGGCACUUGCCUGGGGCGUCUUUGGAGGUGUUGCUCUAGUAGGUUUCUUUCUUAGCUUUGGCAUCCGAGGAAAUGAGCUCGAAGCACAAGGCUGGGACGAGGAGAGCCAGGAAGAGGAGGACGACGAUGACGAUGACGAUAACGAAGACGACAGUAAUGCGCGAAGGCAUUGA